GGAGGACAAGAAGAAGAGGGCUAUGAUGAGGAAGAAGGAGAAGGAGAAGAAGAAGAAGAAAAAGCAGCAGCAGCAGCAGCAGCAGCAGGAGGAGGAUGAUGCACAAGUUAUUACAUCUGAGAAGAUCACCGAGAAGAUGGAAAAAAAGGAUGAGGAAGAGGAGGAGGAUGAGGAGGAGACGAGGAGGCAGCAGGAGGUGAGGAAGAUCAUGGCUGCCAAUGAAUUCUUGCGUCUCUCCUCCAAUGUCCUGGCGAGACCCUUGUGUUACAGAAAUGAGUUGGCGAUGGUGAUUACAGAGGAGGAUGAGCAGGAAUAUGAGAGGGUGAUGGAGGCGGAGAGGCAGGCAGCGAUGGAGGCGGAGGAGGCCAAGAGGGAGGCAAUAAGGAAGGCAGAGAAGGAGAGGGAGCGGCGGAGGGAGAUGAGCAAGCAAAGGAAGGCGGAGAAGGAGGCAAAGAGGAAGCAGAUCCUGCAGAACAAGGCGCCCAUUGUGGAGAAGGAGGAGCGCAUUGUGAAGGAGCAUGCUGAUGAGCAGGAAGCAAAAUCCCCAGCGGAGCAGCUUAAAGAGCGGAUGGAUAACCAGCUGGGUUUGUUCGCAGGCCGCCGUAGAGCAUGGGAAUACUCAAGUGGCAGCAAGCCGGGUCAGUGCGGUGGAUUCAAAUAUAAAACUCUAUUGAGUCCUAUGCAGUUUACGCAUUGCAUACCCGGUAUCAUCCCGCCCCGUGCCGCUGUUAUUGAGAGCUCCUUGCAGAUCUACUCCUUCAAAAUUACUGGACUAAGUGGCGACCUGAAAUGGCCACUCAAUGUGUAUGGUGUGGUCGCUGCCCGAGACACCGUGGACCACAACCGCAACCUUCUCUUCUCUCAGUCAAGUGUUAUGUAUCAACUACUUACAUCUGAAAAUGACUGUUCUUUGUGCUUGACUGGCCCGUCACGUGCUAUUUUAGCCGUGGACCCUGUUGACUAUGAAGUUGAGCUGCGAGUACAUGAUGGCUAUGAUUUUAGAGGUGAUGGGAUCAAUGAUAGAGAAUUGAUCUGUGUUAGCAACCGCUACGAGGUCGUACCCAGCGGUGAGAUUCAACGUUUAACCUUCUAUAGUCCGUUGUGUAGAGGAGUGUUGAGCCUUGAACGACUUUCUAGUACGGUCCAGGCAACUAUCUUGUCGAUUCAUGUUGUCGGAGAGGGUCAUCCUUUUAAAUCUGGAGGGGAAGUUUUUUGUUGGUCAUCUAGUGCAGAUGGUAGUUCUACUAUACAUGAGAAGGUUGUGCUGUUUCAUUCUCUUGAAGGAAUUCCUCAAGAAGAUGAUGAGUUAGAUCUAGAUGGUUACCUCCCUCUGUCAAGAAACGUCGUUUCGGUUGAAUCUGGAGGAGGGUUGAAUGUUGUGGUAGAAACGUAUGGGGGAUCUUCUACAUCUACUCAUGUCUACUUCCCUUGUGAGAAUUGCAACAUCAGUCAGCGUACAUGUUUGGUUUGCGGCUCUGAGGUGGAGAUCGCUGUUGCUUGGUCCCGACUUGUCCGCGACAAGAUGGACCUUUUGAUUGAUGGAUAUACUACCCAGGUCUAGUAUGCUGUCUUGGCCAUUUAUUUUUGUUUUGCUAGUGGUGUGCUAAGGCAAGUAGAAUGUCAAACUGUAUGUGUAUCCGACUCUGUGUACUGACUUAUCUUGAUACGGUU